AUGCGACUCAAGACGAAAGCAGCCAAACGUCUUUCGGUUCCGUCUCCUCCUUCUACAACAUAUCAUGAAUCUCAAGAACAAUCAAAUGAACAAAUGAUUAUGAAAUGUACAAAUCUAAUUCAACAAGACAAUAAAAAUUCUGAUGACGAUAAUCAAGAUACAAAUGAAAUGAUUAUGAAGAAUGAACAAAAUGAUCAUCAACAUAGAAUGUAUGAUCAUACUGACAUGAUUAUCAAUGGUACAAUAACAACAAAUAUUAAUGGAAAUGCAUCAAAUUCAAGUGAAACAAGUGAAUGUGAAAAUCGUCUUUAUUCAUGUACUGAUUGCGGAAAAAGUUUUCAAACAUCAUCAGGUUUAAAGCAACAUAGAAAUAUUCAUUCAAGUGUUAAACCAUGGAAGUGUGAAUAUUGUCCAAAAUCUUACACACAAUUUUCAAAUUUAUGUCGUCAUAAACGAUCACAUGCAAAUGCACGUACACAAAUCGAUUGUAAAGAUUGUGGUCAAUCAUUUCAAAGUCAUGUUGCAUUAAAUAAACAUCGAAGUUCAUGUAAAGAACGACAUUUUUCAACAACAACAACAAUAACACCAACAGUUACACCAAAUUUAGCUGCUUUUAUACCAUUUAUUGAUACAUCACCAUUAUUAAAUCAAACAAUUAAAAAUGAUUUACCAUCAACAUCAUCAUUAAAUGAACCGAUAGAUUUAACAAAAACAUAUAAACGUACAAGACAAUUAUCAAUUGAUCAACCAAUUGAUUAUUCAAUAAGAAAUAAACGAUAUGAUUAUAAUAAUCAACAUAUAUCACAUGUAUUUGGUGAUAAACAAGAAAAAAAAUUUAAAAAAAUUGAAGAAAAUUUUAUUGAAAAACAAAUUAAUGAUGAUGAUAAUAAUAAUAAUAAUGAUGAUGAUAAUGAUAAUGAAAAUUAUCAUCAUUUAUUAUUAUUAGGAAAAAAACAAAUUAAAGAAUAUGAUGAUCAUAGACCAUUAACACCAAUAUCAUCAUCAUCAAGUCCUCAAACAAUUUCAUCAUUUGAUAAAAAACCUAUUCUAUCAACAAAUGAUAAAACAAUAAUUCGAAAUCGAGAUCGAUAUUGUUGUACUUAUUGUUCAAAAACAUUUCCACGUAGUGCCAAUCUUACUCGACAUCUUAGAACACAUACAGGAGAACAACCAUAUGUAUGCAAAUUUUGUAAUCGAAGUUUUUCAAUUUCAUCAAAUUUACAACGACAUAUACGAAAUAUUCAUAAACGUGAACGACCAUUUCGUUGUACACAUUGUGAUAAAUGUUUUGGACAACAAACAAAUCUUGAUCGACAUAUGAAAAAACAUUUAUCACAAACAUCAUCAUCAUCAUCAUUAUUAAUAUCAACACAAUAUGAACGAAAUACAACAAAUUCUUUAUCACAAAUUCCAUAUACAUCAUCAAUACCAUUAUCAUCAUUUAAUUUAAAGUUAAAUAAAAAUGAAAAUUUACCACAAAAUUCAACAGAUGAUGAAGAUUCAAGUGAAUUAUCUGAUGAAGAUGAUGAUGAUGAUGAUAUGGAAGAAGAUAUUGAUGACGAAGAAGAUGAUGAUUUAGAAACAAAUUCAUUAUCAAUUGAAGAUAUUGAUGAAACAGGUCAACAACAAGCAACAUCAUCAUCAUCAACGUAA